AUGGCGCAGUACGACGAGGACGAGGAAAUCGCCGAGGAGGCGCAGCUGCAGUGGGAGAAGAAGGCCAUCGCGCUGCCCGCCUCGUUCCACAUCCCGCUGUUCCAGCUGCUGGGCCACUCCGUGGGGAAGAUCCGUCGCGCAGCGGCGCGUGCGAUCGCCCACGGCCUGCUGGAGCAUCCGGAGGCGUCGCGCGCGGUGCUGGAUCGCAUCGAGAAGAAGUGCGAGGAGGUGGAGGCGAUCACGGUCCCUGCGGAGCGCAAGGCGCAGGAGCCGACGAUUCUGGCGAUGUUCUACUGCUUGGAGCAGUGCGCGGCGGAGAAGGCGGUGCAGGUGACGCUGCUGGACCAGCUGCUGGACCGGCUGUUCGACCGCGGAUUCACGUACAGCGAGAGCGAAGUGCGGGUGCAGGCGAUGCACGCGGGCGAGAGCCUGAUGGAGAACUACGGAGCGGAGUGUCCGGAGGAAGUGCUGACGUAUCUGAACAAGAAGCUGAGCGCGUUGGAGCAGGACGCCGACACGGAGGAAGCCUGCAGAAUCCAGGACCACCAGCGCGAAGGCGGCAUCGUGCUGCUGGGCAAGGUGGCUUGCUAUCUGAAGGAUGGCGAUCCGCGGAUCCUCAGCACGGUGGACACGCUGAUCAACGCCCUGCGGAUUCCUUCCGCGUCGGUCCAGGAGGCCGUGGCGCGCUGCCUGACGCCUCUCUUCAAGUACGACUGCGUCCACACCCAGGCCAAAACCUACGUGGACCAGCUGCUGAACCAGCUCACGACGAGCGAGGAGUACGCGGAGCGGCACGGCGCCGCGGUGGGUCUGGCCGGAAUCAUCAAGGGAAUGGGCAGCAAGGUGCUGCGCGACUUCGACAUCAUCUCGUUUAUCGAAACGGCGGCGCGAAGCUCGUCGAUGAUCGCGCGCGAAGGCGCGAUGCUGGUCCUGGGCUCGCUCUUCGACGCCCUCACCUUCAUGUUCGAGCCCUACGUCGUGAAGUUCCUCCCGAUCCUCCUCGAGAACUACUCGUCGCGCGACGAGCGCGUGCGGAAGGCCUCCGAGGCGGCGAGUCGCUCCGUCAUGCGGAACUUGUCGCCGCACGGCGUGAAGCUCGUGAUGCCGAAAGUGCUGGAAGGCAUGGGCGACACGCGCUGGCGAACGAAGCAAGUGUCCAUCCGCAUGCUGGGCGCGAUGGCGUACUGCUCGCCGCAGAGCUUGUCGUCGUGUCUGCCGCGCAUCGUGCCGCUGCUGACCGAGUCGUGCAGCGACGCGCACCAGGAGAUCCAGCGAUCCGCGCAGACCGCGCUGAUGGACAUCGGGAACGUCAUCCGAACGCCCGAGAUCGCCGACGUGCAGCAAGUGCUGCUGCAGGCGCUGGCGGAGCCGCACAUCCACACGACCACGGCGUUGAAGACGCUGACGGAGACGAGCUUCCACCACACGAUCGAUGCGCCCUCGCUGUCGCUGAUCAUCCCCAUUUUGAUCCGAGGCUUGAACGACCGCGUGACGGACACCAAGAAGAAGGCCGCGCUGAUUGUCGGCAAUAUCUGCUCGCUGGCGUCGCGCGACGACGUGCUGCCCUAUCUGAGCAAGCUGAUCGAGCCCUUGAAGAAGUGUUUGGUGGACCCGCUGCCCGACGUCCGCGCCGUGGCCGCGCACAGCAUCGGUCUGCUGGGCCGCGAGGUGGGCGAGGAGGACAUGAAGGACCUGCAGGAGUGGCUGAUCGAGAAGGUGUACGAGGACAGCACGGUGGCGGAGCGCUCGGGCGCCGCCCAGGGCCUCGCCGACCUGCUUUCUUCCUUCUCGGAGGCGCACUUCAAGGAGAUUUUGAGCGAGCUGCUGCUGAACGCGACGCAUCCGCGCGCGUGCGUCCGCGAGGGCGUGAUGUGGACGAUCUCCUUCCUGCCGUCCACGCUGGGCUCGCGGUUCGCCGCGCUGGUGCCGACCGUGCUGCCCGCGAUCGUGAGUGGGCUGGCGGACGAGUCCGAAAUGGUCGCUGAGGUGGCGCUGCGUGCGGGCCAGGUGAUCACGAAGAACUACGCGAAGUCGAACUUGGAGAGCGUGCUGCCUCCGAUCAAGGAGGCCAUGAUGGACGACGAUUGGCGCAUCCGCCAGUCGUCGAUCAUGCUGAUGGGCGAGCUGCUCUACACGCUGGGCAAGACGCGUGCUGUGGGCAUGAGCGAGAGCGAGAACGACACGGGCCUCUCCUCCGACAACGUGGAAACGCUGCUGCAGCAGGAGCUGGGCGUGGAGACGUGGACCGAGAUCAUGGCCUCGCUCUUCUACCUGACCACCGACGUGACCGCCACGGUGCGGCAGUCGGCCUUCCAGGUGUGGAAGUCGGUGGUGAGCAACACGCCGCGCACGCUGAAGCGCGUGCUGGGCGAGCUGACGAAGCUCUGCUUCUCCAUGUUCACCAGCGACAGCGAGAACAAGCGGAUGCUCGCGGCGCGCUGCCUGGGCGAGAUCGUGCAGAAGCUGGGCGAGUUCGUGGUCCCGCACGUGCUGGAGGUGCUGAACAACGGCAUGAGCAGCGAGGACGCGGUCACGCGGCAGGUGGUGUGCAUGGGCUUCGUGCAGGUGCUGUCGAACUGCUCGGCGGCGGUGGUGAAGAGCUGGGGCGACGCGUUCCUGCAGUCGCUGAAGGUGUCGAUCUGCGACGAGGACGAGACGGUGCGGUCGGUGGCGGCGAACGCGCUGACGAUCCUGCAGCGAAAGGGCAGCAGCAACGCGUUCAACUCGAUCCUGCCGAUCUUGCUGGAGGACCUGGAGUCGGCGGACAGCGGUCGCCAGCACAACGCGAUGAACGGACUGAAGCAGAUCAUCCUGGUGCAGGGCCGUCAGAUGAUCUCCGUGCUGUUCAACCGCCUCACCGCGCAGCCGCUGACGUGCUCGCACCUCUACGUGAUGCGCUGCAUCCUCCCCACCACCAGCAAGUUCCUGCACUUCUUCUUCAGCGACAUCGCGAACGACUUCCUUCUGCAGCUCUACGGGAAGAACGACGAGGCCGAGACCCCCAUGGAGGACCGCGAGCUGGCGGACGCGAUCAGCCAGACGCUGCGCAGCAUGGUGACGAGCAUCGACACGACGGGCGUGCAGUGGCUGAUCACGUGUCUGGACAAGAUCAGCAACUUCGUGAACAACGGAUAUCGCCGCGAGGCCUGCUUGAUGCUCGCCGAGUUCGUCGAGAAGACCACGGCCGACUUCGACGACCAGAUCCAGAUGGUGCUGCGGCUGGUGCUGAAGCGCUCCUCGGAGCACAGCCAGGACGUGCUGGACGCGGCGUGGAAGGCGCUGAACGCGCUGUUCGCGCGCGUGAGUCCGACGGAGAUGGUGCCGCACAUCGCGUUCAUCAGCAGCAUGAUCGCGACGGUGAUCAGCACGGAGCGAUACAAGCCCGGCGUGGAUAUGGAGACCUACGUGCUGCCCGCGUUCGCCGACAAGGCAGGACUCAAGCCGUUCUUCACGCUGCUGCAGAAAGCCAUCAUGGUCGCGCCCACCGAGAAGAAGGGCGACUGCGCGGCGCUGGUCUGCGAUCUGGUGCAGUACUCUCCCGCGCAGAACGUUCGCGUCUACGCGCUGCAGAUCACGGGUCCGCUGAUCCGCAUCAUCGGCGACAUGUUCGACGUCACCACGCGCGUGCAGCUCUACCACGCGCUGAACCUGCUGCUCUCCAAGGCGGGCGACGCGCUGCGCCCCUUCCUGCCGCAGCUGCAGACCACGUUCAUCCGCGCGCUGAAGGACUCCAACAAGGGCGUGCGUGUGGAGGGCGGCCAGGCGCUGGUGCACGUGGUGAGGCUCUCGGCGCGUAUCGACAACGUGCUCUGCGACCUCGCGGAGAGCGCGCUGUCGCAGUCGGAGGAGAUCCAGGAGAGUAUUCUGGCGGCGCUGCAGGGCGCAUUACUGCAGGUCGGCGAGCGCAUCCAGGACGCCACUUGCGACAAACUUACCUCCAGCAUGCUGCAGCUCAUCGAAGCCAAGGAGGAGGCCACGCGCGUGGCCGCCGCUCGCGUGCUGGGCGUGGCGCUCAAGUUCAACGCGGACGCGGCGUUCCAGUCGAUCCUGGAGACAAAGAUCCUCGCCGAGCCCGGCAAUGUGAGCGUGGACGUGGUGCACGGCCGCUGCCUGGCGCUGGGCCAAGUGCUGCGGUACAACGCGGAGCGGUGCGCGGCGAGCCACGCGGCGAUCAUCGAUCGGAUCCGCGCGUUCCUGAAGAGCGACUCGCUGAUGGUGCGGAAGGCGGCCAUCUCCGACUGCAAAUACGUGCUCAACGCGUACUCGCUGCUCAGCGAGGCCGAUAAGGCGCGCGUGCUGGACGGGCUGCUGAACGAUCUCUCGCUGUGCAUUUAUGACGGAAACUCCAGCGUGCGCUACGAGACGGUCAUCUCCAUCUCGCUGUUCGCGCGGGUUUGCAAGGACGCCAACGACGACCUGCUCGCCAAGCUCGUGCCCACGCUGCUGAAGAGCGUGCAGGACUCGUACGUGCCGGUGAAGCUGGCGUCGGAGCGCGCGCUGCUGCAUUUGCUGCAGAUCCACGAGAACCCGAGCGUGCUCGAGAACUACAUCGGAUCGCUCAGUGUCGCCGAUGCGAAGUAUUUGAGAACCUACGUGCAGAGAGUGCUGAUUAAGUUGCCCAAGACCGCGGAUGACGACCUGGAGCAAUUCUGA